UCUAAACUUUUCUUCCGAUAUUCCAGUAUAACACCGAAACACAGUUUACUCUGCUGUAUCUAUCUCCAAAAUCAACAACCUCUGCCCAUCAAUUCAACCUUAAAAAACACAACAACCACCGACAAUCCGUUGAACACAAAGGAAUGUCGGCUUCUUUUCAUGCCGCCAAUCCGGUAACCUUAACAUUAACAUGCGCCGUCGUAUUCGUGCUGUCGCAUACGGCGGUUGUCCGUUGUAUGUUUCCGUCAAUUCUAACAUUGGAGAGAGCUUUUCCGUUAAACCACCGAGUUGAAUUGAGUCAACUCAGACACAGAGAUAGUUUAAGGCACCGUAGGAUAUUACAGCAGCAGUCAGGUGUUAUUGAUUUCACUCUGCAAGGAACUUAUGAUCCUUUGCGUGUUGGGCUUUAUUAUACAAAAGUCCAGUUGGGUUCUCCUUCAAAGGACUAUUAUCUACAAAUUGACACAGGAAGUGAUGUGUUAUGGGUUGGUUGUACACCCUGUGAUGGCUGCCCUACAUCAAGCAGUUUGCAAAUUCCUAUGGAGUUUUAUGAUCCAUCAAGCUCAUCAACAAGUCAUGCAAUUAGUUGUGGGGACCAACGGUGUUCUCGAGCGGUCGAAUCGUCUGAUUCGGGCUGUUUAAACGACCAAUGCACUUAUAAGUUUAAGUACGGAGAUGGUAGUGGGACUUCAGGUUAUUAUGUAUCUGAUUUAAUGCAUUUAAAAACGAUUGUUGAAGGUUCAAAGGAAUUAAGUUCUUCGGCUAAUGUUGUGUUUGGUUGUAGUACAACUCAAACGGGAGAUUUGACUAAAUCUGACCGAGCCGUUAAUGGGAUCUUGGGGCUUGGUCAAAACGGGUUGUCGAUAAUUUCACAACUUUCAUCACAAGGAGUUGCUCCUGAUGCAUUCUCUCAUUGUCUUAUUGGAAGUGAUGAUGGUGGUGGUAUUUUGGUCAUUGGUCAAAUAGUGGAGCCGAAUAUGGUCUAUACUCCACUUAUCCAAUCACAGCCACAUUAUAAUAUUAAUCUGCAGAGUAUUUCUGUCAAUGGUCAAUCAUUGUCCAUUGACCCGUCGACUUUUGCGAUAUCAGACAACGAAGGUGGAAGUGGAACCAUAGUUGAUUCAGGAACAACUCUGUCAUACCUUGCUGAAGAUGCUCUUAACUCGUUUGUCGAUGCUAUCACACAGGCGGUUUCACAAUCUGUACAGCCGCUUAUUUCAAAGAAAAACAAGUGUUAUAUAAUUACCUCCAGUGUCUCCGACGUAUUCCCGCCUGUAAGCUUCAACUUUGCGGGCGGUGCUUCAAUGCAUUUAAGACCUCAGGACUACCUUAUUCAGCAGAAUUCUGUGGGUGGAGCUGAGGUGUGGUGCAUCGGCUUUCAGUCAAUUCCAAAUCAAGGAAUUACUAUUUUAGGAGACCUUAUUCUUAAAGACAAGAUUAUUGUUUAUGAUUUGGGUGGUCAACGGAUUGGAUGGGCGGAUUAUGACUGUUCAUUGCCUGUAAACGUGUCUUUAGCCUCAAGUGGCGGCCGAAGUGAAGUGGUAAACGCUGGUCAGGUUGGGGGCAGCACGUCGACUCGUUAUGAACUGAUUACGAUCUUUAUUCUUGCUUCUUCUAUAUUACACUUGGUUGGUGCAUACAGCUAGCUAAUAUUAUCAUCACUAGUUUCGUUAUGACACAUAGAUUAUACACCGUACGAGUAUAUAUAAAGAAAGAUAUACUAGUGAUCAGCUGUUGAAAUUCAUCUAUUUUUGUGAGAACCUUUUCUAUGUU